GAGGUCCGAAGCGGAGACACGCAGCUGCGGGACGUUUCCUCUCAGCACCGGGAAUCCAGAGCGUGCACUCUGGGGGAGACACGGUGUCCUCUUUGCGCGCUGAGACUCACUCGGAGCACUUUUCGCUUUGGGUUUGGAGCCGCCGCCGCGUCGCAGAUGAAGAUGCUUCAAACGAGCUGAGAGGCUCUUCCGUCCUGCGGGACAUUUAAGGACGUCCAGCUGUUUGUUUUUUUCUUUUUCAUGUUCAUUUUUCUCUUUUUGGGACAUGACUGCAUGGAUUACCUUCAAACAUCACCUGUAAGAUCUAUUUUGGACUAAAAGUAACGCACGUCUCCAAAGCGCAGCGCCCUCUCUCCAAUGAAAUAUCUCCCCGCUGCGGAUCGACUUAGUAAGCGGAUCGAGCUCAGCGAGACCAGCGGCAGUCCAAAGCCUCGUCCCGGUGCUGUGGUCUCUUUGCUGACCCCUCUGGACCCACUUCGCCAGGCAAAGCGGCUUCCUAUCCGAGUUCUCAAGAUGUUGACCGCGCACACUGGACACUUGCUGCACCCGGAAUAUUUACAGCCUCUGACGUCCGCACCAGUGAGCAUCGAGCUGGAUGCCAAGAAGAGUCCACUGGCCCUGCUGGCACAGACCUGCUCUCAGAUUGGUAAACCAGACCCUCCCUCCUCCUCCAAGCUGGGCUCUUCCUGCAGCCAGGGGGACAAGGAGCCCAGCAGUCGGUCUUCCGUCUCCGGCUUGAAGCUCGGGGAGCACCGCCCCUCCCUGGAGGACAAGUGUAGCUUCAAGCCCUACAACAAAGGCAGCGGAGACUGUCGCAGGGACGGAGUUACCAGCAGCAGCGGCAGCGAUAAAGUCGGGUUCAGGGUCCCCAGCAAUAAUGUUACCACUAAUGGAAAUUCAGGCACUGGCCAGCAGCCCUAUCCGGCCCACGCUGCUUCACCCAGCUGCAGGGCCAGCAGCAGCACCCCGCCAGGACACACGCAGCAGCAGCAGCCUCACAAACAGAGUCAGUCUCCCGGUGGACAGCCCACGACACACUCCCAGACUCCCAAUGGAGAAUCUACGCAUGAGCAGAGCAGUCCUACCAGCACGAGCAGCAAUAACAAUCAUCCCAAAAAGGACCCAGUUGUGAACAAGACCACCCCAGACGGUCCUCACGAUGCAAACUCCAGCCAAGUUCGAGCCAGCACAAACUGCAGCAACGGCAGCUCUGACGGUGGCUCCAACCACGAGGGAGGCAAAGCAGAGUCUGCCCAGCCGAACCUCGGCCCCGGACGCAUUACACCCAUUUCUCCUUAUAAGACAAGCCAGCCGCUCUUCCCCCUGCCCUCCUCUAACAUGGGCUACCACGGAUCUGUAGUCGGGGCUUACGCAGGCUACCCGUCUCAGUUUGUUCCCGGGCUCGAUCCGACAAAGUCGAGCCUCAGCGUGGGAAGUAUGGGAGUUCCAGGAAAGCACCCGAGCUCCAGCCCUCUCACCGGUGCGUCCCCUCCUUCCUUCAUGCAGGGUUUAUGCAGGGACCCCUACUGUCUAAGCUAUCCAAGUGUAUCCCAUCUCGGCGGAAGCAACUGCAACUCCUGCAUCCACGACCCCUCCUCCACCCUCAAAUCAAACUUCCCAUUGGUGUAUCCCUCCCACCCGCUCCACUCCCUCCACCAGAGCUCCCUGUCCUCCAGCGUGUCCUCCUCCCUCUCGCAUCCGCUCUACACGUACGGCUUCAUGCUCCCCAACGACCCCCUGCCCCACGCCUGCAACUGGGUCUCAGCCGCGGGGCCCUGCGACAAACGUUUCUCCACGUCAGACGAGCUCCUGGCUCACCUCCGCACACACACAGCCCUGCCCGUGGGCAUGGACAGCAAGCUGCUCUCGGUAUCCUCCUCUGGACCUGCUUCCUGCCACCUUCACCUCCCCCACCAGAGCAGUCCAGGCUCCAUGUCCAGCUCCCUCUCCCUCAGGGCUCCUCCCAGCCUGGGUUUAGCUCGCUAUCACCCCUACAGUAAGGUUCAUCUGCCCCCUGGACCCUCCUCCAUCUCCCUGCACUCUCUGCCCACCACAGGCCCGUACUACCCUCAUUACGCUCUCUACAGUCAAAGACUUGGAUCUGCAUCUGCUCUGGGCUACCAGUGAUACACCAUCUGCUCACAUGUUUUAAAGGAAUGGUUCAGCAUUUUGGGAAAUAAGCUAAUUCGCUUUCUGGCAGACAGUUGGAUAAGAACAUUGAUGCCACACUCUGAUUUAGCUUAGCUUAGCGCAAACACUGGAUGCAGGGGGAAACAGCUAGCCAGUUUCCAGGUAGAUGGGACUCCAGGAAGUUUCGGUUCCAAGCCAGGAAAUAGUCCAGCACAUAAACUCCUCGUAAACACCAAAUUGACAAUUUUAUGCUUCGGUUUUUGUACGAAUUGACCAAAUGAGAUAUAACUUUAUUUAAUGAGCUUCAGAGGGCUCGUCGGCAGAUCUUAUCUUUGUUGGACACAGCCAGGCUAGCUGUUUCCCCCUGUUUCAAGUCCUUCUGGGAAGCUAAGCUAACCUGCUAGCCAGACAGAUACAAGAGUGAUAUUAUACGUCACAUCUAACUUCCCACCAGAAAGCCAAUGAGCGUUUUUACAAAAUAUCGAACUAUUACUUUAAGUUUGUACUUAAUUGCGGCAAGUUGCUGCUUCCUCUAACUUAAGACUGGAUUCAAGUGAAUCUAGGAUGGGAGUGCAAGUCCUGGAUUUUGACUUGAGAGCAUCUUCACACUUUCUUUCUACAUUGUAUAUGAGAUUCAGUGUUUCUAGGCAGGCUCCACUCCGGAGGCUCAGAGGACCCACGUGGCUCUUGCAUGUCUGCACAUUGCUGGGAUACUUUUACAGCAGACGUGACUUCCCUUCGGUGACUUCUGCCGCCCCGUGGGCUCGGCAAAUUGAUGGUUGGACGCUGCGUAAUAGCACUUGGAUGUUCAGGGUUCUCGCUGCAAAUGAUGAUGAUUUAGUGCAGAAAAAUGUAGUGUGGCAGGGAUGGCAAUAAGCUGCAGCCCUGGCCCGAUGGAAGUCCGGCCACAGUCGCUUUCUCCCUGCAAGAGAUGCAUGUAAGCUUGACACAGCAUACACACUUAACUGUUUAUUCAGCCCCAUGACUUGUGAUGAUUUGUUUUGGUUCCUUACGUUUUGUUUAUUCCUACUGAGAAGUUGUAUUUAUUUUUACCGAGGAUCUGGCUUUCAUGUUCACCACGUAAAUCUCUUCUCAUUUUCCAAUCCUCUGAGCAGACGUGUGGGAAGCCAGAUGACAGAUGUUGAAAAAUGUCGUGUCUUAACACUUUUUCUAGAAUGAUGAAUGUUACAAUCACAUCUCUCUCUCUCUCUCUCUCUCUCUCUCUCUCUCUGUGAACUCCUCAGCGUUUUGUUUUCUUUUUUUUUUUAUUUCCACAGCAAAUCAAUAAAAAUGAGAUGUGAUAUUUUUUGUAAAAUUGGAACACCUUGUGGUGAUAUCCAGUGAAAGGGGAGGUCAUAUUUUGUUAAA